GAUAGCCACCUGCUAACUGUAAACUUUGGCAGUAGCUGACAAAAACAAAAUGGCGGAUGGGCAUUCAUUUGUGAAGAAGACAUUUCAUAAGCCAACUUACUGUCACCACUGCUCGGAUUUACUGUGGGGCCUCAUACAGCAGGGCUACAUUUGCGAAGUUUGCAACUUUAUUAUACACGAACGAUGUGUCACCAGCGUUGUAACGCCCUGUUCCGGCAUUGCGCCAUGCAUUAUAAAGAAUCCCGUCGCCCAUUGUUGGUCGGAACCAACCCAUCACAAGAGAAAAUUCUGCACCGUAUGCCGUAAGAGAUUGGAUGAAACACCAGCGGUGCAUUGUUUAGUUUGCGAAUAUUUCGCACAUAUUGAGUGCCAAGAUUUCGCAGUGCCCGAUUGCACAGAGAAUGCAACAUACGUGCCAGGCAAGGAAUUGCUUAAUGUGAGGCAUCAACAUCAUUGGCGGGAGGGCAAUCUUCCAUCAACGUCCAAAUGCGCCUACUGCAAGAAAACCUGUUGGUCUUCGGAAUGCCUCACAGGCUAUCGCUGCGAGUGGUGUGGCAUGACCACACACGCUGGAUGUCGCAUGUACCUGUCAACCGAAUGUAAUUUUGGUAUUCUACAACCUAUCUACUUACCUCCGCAUUCAGUGUCGAUACCACGUACAGAGGUGCCCAUCGAGGCGAUCAUAGGCGUCCAGGUCAAAUCGAAGACGUCGCUCGUACGCGACUAUUCCUGUCCCAGCCCGGAGCUCGGUGCAGAGGCCGCGGCUGGCGAAGUUGGUGCAUCGGGUUUGUGUCUCAAGGAGCUCCUCGAGCUCCACAGACAGCGUCUUGAGCAAUCGAAACAACAUUUUUUACUUUCAACGCCGCCCACGCCCACAUCCUGUGGCUCCAUAUCGCUCUGUGUCUCACCCACGCCCUCGCUGACAGUGGGCGACACGAGCAACUCGCUAGCCGGCGGCUAUCAGGACCCGGACGAGCCAGAUGCCGAGGAGGACGACUACGAACAGCAGUGCAACACGACGGAGCAUGAUAGCGCCUUUCAGCUGACCACCGCCUCCAGUAAUGUGGGGCCACUGCAAAAGUCUCCGUCGGCCAACUCCUCGUUGCAUCUGCUAUACACAAGUCUGUUCCGCAAGCUGAACCAUGCGCGCCGACGUCGACGUCGCGGCGCCUCGAACAGCGAGCAGGACGACGACGACGACGAUGAUUUGGAUGGCGGAGUCUGUGAUAUUAGCGGCGGAGACCUGAGCGACGAUUACGAUCAUUGCGAUGUCUCGCUGCGCAAGCGCUGUACGCGUCGAUCGCCGCGCGACGUCAGCGAGACGGAUUACCAUGGCGACGUGGAGCUGGAGACGGCGCCUCGGGAAAGCUGCUACGAGACAUCCGAUACGGGUGGUGAACUCACCAAUACCGACGAUCUCGACUCCAGCAUGAAUCUGAUUAGCAACCUUAGCUAUAAUAGUAGUAAUAGUAACACCUCUAACACCUCCGAGCAGCGCAAGAAUCAAGCGCGCUCCACUGCCACAGCCACAGGCACAGCCACAGGCACAGCCUCAGGCGCAGCCAAGGGCAAGGGCCCCGCCCCUGGUCCGCCCACGGCUGAUGCUGCACAUGCCUUAAGCGUGCUCGCUGGCCGCAACCCAAAGACUGCAGCUCUCUUGAAGGCGAAGCCCAAGCCCAAGCCCAAGCCCAUACUCAAUGCGCCCAAGCACAAGGGCGGAUCGGUGAGCUCUCCCAAUUCCAGCGACUGCUCCUCGGCAUCCCCCGCUCCGACCUCGGCGGUCCUGCAACUGUCCCCUGUGGGCCGCAGCAAGUCGUUCCAGGAGCCGGCUAUCGCCCGCAACAAGAAAUACGGACGCGGUCUGUUCCAGCGUCGCCGCUCCAAGCGCUCGCCCAAGGGCGGCGCCAAGAGCAACUACAGCCUGGACAGACUGUCGCAAAACAUUGAGAUAACCAUACAGGAUGAGGAUGGCAACUAUCAGCCAUACGAUGACAACUAUCACAUGCUGUCCGCGGCGCGUCUGCCCCACGAUACGGAUGCCGAUGGCUACGACGAUGUGGACUACGAGGAUUUGUAUCUGGACGAUCGACCGCAUAGUGUCGGUGGCGUUGGUGGCCUAAGUGGCGAGGACAUCGCUGGCGAUAUCAGCGAUGGCGCCGCCAGCAGUCGAUCCCGUGCCAGCGAUGCCGAUGGCCAGGCACCGGGUCACGUGCUCGGCCGCCUGCUGCGGCGCGUGCGCGGCCUGUCCGCCGGCUGGCGCAAGCCACGCUACCAGAAGCGCAGAGCACGCAGUAUAUCGGAGGAGUUUAGCAGCGGCGAUGCGCCCCGCUUCAAGGACGAGGAAUCCCUGGGCAAGGGCGAGUCCUCGCAUGGCAUGAACGCCCAAGGCGGUGCCGGCAGCAGCAGCGGUGGCGGAGGCGCAGCUGCUGCCAGUGCCAGCGGCACUGGCCCUGGCUCAGGGGGCUCUUCCACACAGUACAGAGCCGAGUCGUCGGGCCACAAGUCCGAUAAGUCGGAAAAGGACCGAGAGAAAAAGGAAAAGGAACGUGAAGAGAAAGAUAUAGAGAUGAUCAAGGUGUUUGAUGGCAACAACUCAUUCCGACGCCAGCAGUACCGUGCGAUCGUCGUUCAGCGUACAUACACGCUGGAGCAAUUAUUGACCACCGCCUUGCGAGCUUUUCACAUCACACGUGAUCCGCAGGCCUUCUAUCUGACCGACAUGUAUGCGCCCGCUGGCAUGGAAGAUACACCGCUGCAGGAUCCGACGCCCGUGUUGAAUCUGACACACUUGGAGGGCAAGCGACCGGCCAUCUAUUUGAGGUUUCACGACAGGGACAGGGGACAUGUGCGCGUUUAUCCUGGAAAAUUGCAGUGCUCACUGGAGGAUCCCUAUGUCAAUGUUCCUGUGGAUAAUACAACUGUCAUUAAGGAUUUGAUACGCGACGCUCUCGAUAAAUUCGGUCUACAUGAUAACCAAAUACAGGACUACAGGUGCUCGGAAGUGUUGCUCGACCGUGGCGUUACCGAGCGCAUACUCUCGUGGAACGAACGUCCCUGGGAUAUAAUGAAGCAUCUGGGCAAGGAUUCCAUACGUCAAAUGGAACUGAUGCGCUUCUACAUGCAGCACAAACAGGAUCCCCAUGGACCAAACAUUGCACUCUUUGUAGGCAACCUGCCCACAGGACUCUCGCAGCGCAACUACGAGCAAAUUUUAAACAAAUACGUGACUGAUGAGAACAAGUUCAUCAGCAUUGGACCGAUUUACUAUGAGUACGGUUCGGUAGUGUUAACAUUCGAGGACGCUCAAAAGGCGGUUCGCGCUUUCUACAACCUGCGUGAAACGAUCAUUGAGGACAAAAAGCUACUGGUCUUGCUAUUGCCAAAUAUUGAACCCAGCAUGGUACCCUCCGAUGUCAGGCCACUGUUGGUCUUUGUAAAUGUGAAAUCCGGCGGCUGUCAGGGCCUGGAACUAAUAUCGAGCUUUCGAAAACUACUUAACCCGUAUCAGGUCUUUGACUUGGACAACGGUGGUCCGCUACCCGGGCUCUACGUUUUCCGGCAAAUCACCAACUACAAGAUCCUGGUAUGCGGCGGCGAUGGCACCAUUGGCUGGGUGCUGCAAUGCUUGGAUAACGUGGGCCAGGACUCUGAAUGCUCUAGUCCGCCGUGCGCCAUUGUGCCGUUGGGAACAGGCAACGAUCUGGCACGCGUUUUAUGUUGGGGCUCCGGCUACACCGGUGGCGAGGAUCCCCUAAAUAUGCUGCGUGAUGUCAUCGAGGCCGAGGAGAUUAGAUUGGAUCGUUGGACCGUGGUCUUCCAUCCGGAAGAUAAGCCCGAAGAGCCGGCCAUGAAGGCGCCCUCACAAACCACUGGUAAGAAGAAGAAGGCGCACCAAGCACAUUUAUCGCAACAAACAAAUCAGCAUCAUCAAUUACCGGCUCUGACAUCGAGUGAUAUAUCAGGCGGUGCUCAAAACGAGGACAACUCCCAGAUCUUUGUCAUGAACAACUAUUUUGGCAUUGGCAUCGAUGCUGAUCUCUGCCUGGACUUUCACAAUGCUCGCGAGGAGAAUCCCAACCAGUUCAACUCACGGCUACGCAACAAGGGCUACUACGUGAAGAUGGGACUGCGCAAGAUUGUGGGACGCAAAACGGUCAAGGAUUUGCAAAAGGAGCUUCGCCUAGAGGUCGAUGGCAAGGUUGUAGAUCUACCACCGGUCGACGGCAUCAUCAUAUUAAAUAUAUUGAGCUGGGGCAGUGGCGCUAAUCCCUGGGGUCCGGAUAAGGAUGAUCAGUUCAGCACGCCCAAUCACUACGAUGGCAUGCUGGAGGUCGUGGGAGUAACCGGUGUGGUGCACUUGGGACAGAUCCAGUCGGGCAUACGCACGGCCAUGCGCAUAGCACAGGGUGGUCACAUCAAGAUACACUUGAAAACCGAUAUGCCAGUACAGGUGGAUGGCGAGCCAUGGAUUCAAAGCCCCGGCGAAGUUGUGGUCCUCAAGUCAGCGCUCAAGGCAACCAUGCUGAAGAAAACGAAGAGUAAACGACGACUUACGGAGCCGCAUAUCUCGCCGGCGGUGCUAAGCGUCUCGGCGGCUGGCAGCACCACAGCCAUACAGAACAUACCGCAACAAUCACAGCUGCAACAGCAGCAGCAGCAACAACAGCAACAGCAGCAACAGCAGCAGCAACAACAACAGCAACAGCCCCAACAACAGCCGCAGCAUGCGGCCGAAAAUGGCGACAAGGAUAUUUCAGUGCCGCCUUCGGCACCCUUUGGGAGCACAUAGAGUAUAGCCUCGGCAUACGUGUCCGGUGUACGAUAUUGGUUCUCCUGUUUCUUUCCAUAGGCCGACCCAUUACCUAAACAACAUACAUAGAGACACUAACGGCAGGAGAAGCAACUAAACUAAAUGCCAGCCACAGCAUGCAUGAAAACGCAGAUCUAUAGGAAACCUAACAAAAUGCUACAUACGACUACACAUAGUAUAAGAAA